AAAUUCUUCGAAAAUUAUUCAAAGACCCCAUUCAGGAUCAAGAGAAUCGAUUUUAAAUUAAGCUGCUAAAAUAAGUUUAUCAAAUUUAAAUUCAUAAAUAGAUGAAAAAAUGACAAAUUAAAUACUUAAGAGCAUACAACAAGAAAUAACACCGAAAAAUAUUCCAAAAAAAACUGGUUAAAAUAACAUUCCUCCUCUUCCUAAUUAACAAAAAAGUCGUAAUUCAUUAUAAGACUAAGAUUUAUUAUCUUCAAUGGCCAAUAGAUUACAAAAAACAGAGCAACUAGUUAAAGUGCAACGUCUAGAACUAAAAGAAAAUAAGAAGAAAUAAAUAAUUUAAAAGCCGAUUUAAAUUUGUACAAAAACAACUGCACUGAAGAAUAAAAAUAAACUAAAAUUAAAGAACUUCAACUUGAUAACAUAAAACUUUAAAAAAAGUAAUUGAAAUGGAGACCUUCUUAUCUGAAUAUGGAGUAAAAUGGAUUUUAAACAAUGAAAAAAACACUGAAGAAUUAAAUACUGAAAAAUUUGAAAAAGAAAGACUUUUGGACGAUGUAAAAAAGCCUAAAUACAAUUAUAACCUUCCUUAAUAAAUUGAUUUAAAUAUAGUUGCGAGAAGAAUCGAAGAAUUAAAUUUUUUAAUGGAAAAAGAAGGCGGAUGUUAAGAAGUUUAUAAGGACGAAAGAGGAUUUAACAGAAUUAGAAAAAUGGAACCUAUUCCUAUAGGAUUUUACCAAGAUGGGAUCGCUUUAAAAGGCUUUAAGUUUUCAAAUAUGGAACUGCUGAUUCUAAGUAGAUUUAGCAGAUUUAUUAGAUGGAUAUUUUCCUUAUUAAUUGAAAAAAUAAUACCCGAAUGGAGUUUUGUUAAAGAUUAUAGAUAAAACCGAUGUAAAUUAUUCCCCAAAUAAAGUAUUUUAAAUUAAUACAUUGGAAAGUGCCGAGGAAAAUUAACUAAAACCUCUUUCUAAAGAUGAGUUUUUAGAUAAAAUUCCCAAACAAGUUAUUAAAGAUGGAUAAGUUUUAAAUAUUAGGAGUGAAGUUUAGAAAAAAUUGGAGGGAUAAAAGCCUUUAUAUAUGUAAAAUUUAUAAAAAAUAAAUGAGGAAAAUAUGGAAGAAGAUUCAAAAUCUUUUAAGUACAAUGUUUUAGAAGAUGGCAAUAUUAGAAUUUUAAAUGAAGAAUUUUAAAUUUUUAAAGAGGGAAAAUAAAAUGAUAAUUAAGAUGCAUGUGAGUUAAAAAUAAGAACUUUUUAUAAAUAAAAAAAUGUAGUUUUGUUAGUUAGAAUUUUCGCGAAUAAAUUAAUUUCUGAUGCUUAUGAAAUUGCUAAAAAUUUUAGUGAUUAUAAAAGCUUUUAGUUAGUUACUAAUUAUCCGAAAAAAAUAAUUUCAAAUGAUUGUUAAAGUACUCUUUAAUAACUUGAUAUUUUUCCUACAGGAGUUUUAAAUGUUUAAUAAUUAUAAUGAUUUUUUU